CUUGCUGUAUUGAUGGUUCAGGAUGAGUACAAUACAUCACAAGGAGAGAUCUCCAUAAAUCCACAGCUGGGAGAAAUACUCAAGGAAAAGUCACAAGACACCCCUGUGUUUACUGCUGUUUUACAAGCAACUGAAGAGGACAAAAAAGAUGCACAGCGAGAUGGAGUGGAACUGUUACUGCCUAAACUUGACCCAAGUGACCCCAGGACUGAUCCAUCGCCUGACUGGUUGACAUAUGACCACCGUGUCAAAUACCCACAUCUUCCGGCAAAGACAGUUAGCAUUGUGGGACAUGCUGGUGUAACAAGCAGAGCAGCAGUAAGGAUCAAACAAGAACGGUAUCCAGAUACGAGGGUAAUACUCUUUACCAGUGACAUACCAGAGGAUACCGAGUACUACAAAGGGGAUGAGGAGGCCAUGGCCAUCGGGAAGAAGGAAGACUCCAUCCUUCAAGAUGCACAAGAGGCUGAUGUGGUCUUUUCUCUUGGGAACACAAUUUUUGAUCAUUUUGAGACCCAGUUCAAAGCAAUUCCUGCCAGCAAAAGGCCUCAGCAUUUCAAGUUUGUGCAGAGGCCUUCCAAGGUUUUUGAAAAGGCACAGGCAGAAUACAAGAAGGCAGAGACAAUGGUGGUCCUGUCCAUUGGUAGGGUGAAGGGUUUUGAGAAACUGAAGGGAUAUGACCUUGCUGUUGAAUCCCUGAGCAUUGUUGCAGACAAGAUGAAAGUAAGGUACCGUGUCAUAGGAGUUGACAAAGAUGACUUCAAAACAAGCAAGGCAAUCCUUGAACACUGUAAGUCAUCAAACCUACAAAUAACCCUCCUACCCUAUGGCACACAGAAGGACAUCUGUAAAGAGAUGAUGCAGGCCCACCUGGUCCUGAUGCCUUCUCGUGCUGAACCCUUUGGACUGGUCGGUCUGGAGGCCAUCGCAGCUGGAGUUCCUGUUCUUGUAUCCAGCAAAUCAGGAUUGGCAGACUUCAUUCAUGAGCAUGUAGAUGAACUUCAUCAUUCCAUUGUUGACAUGGAUGAAGGUACCUCUGCAAGACAUUGGGCCCACUGCAUCGAGAGGGUGUUGAAACACAAUGAGACAGAGUUUGAAACGGCAGCGAGAUGUCGGCAGAAACUACUAUCAUCAGAAUACUGGGAAGAAUCUCAUCAACAGUUCAUUCAAGCCUGCACAGACACAGCAGGCAAUGAUGCACAGAAGACUGCUCAAGCCCACAAAACAAGGGGAGCUGAUUCUGUUGGGGAUACAUGCACGGAUGAGAACAAGAAAGUCAGGAAACUAGAUCAGAAAAUAAAGCUGUCAGUAAGAUCGAGGAGCACUCUCACACAAGGAAAAGCCAUUCUUCGUGAUAGAUUACAUCACAUCACAGAAGAACAAAGUGAAACAGUAUUUGAUGAAACAAUCGAGAGAUAUAAGCAGCUGAAAGCAGAAGUCAUUGUGGUAGACAACACAUGCACACUUAGUGAGGAAGGAAAGACAGAUCUUCUAAGUACCAUUGAUAAGAUGUUUACAAUAGCAGUUCUGAAAGAUGAGGAAAGAUUUAGACAGACAAUGAAGAAGUAUCACAAAGUGGAGCCUGAAAUAUUGGAAUUGUAUGAAGCAUGUGUUCUCUGUGAGCUGAGGUUCUACCACAGGAAGAGUCAGGUAGAGUUUGUGACAGCUUGUAGAGACGGGACCCUUUCAGCCAUCCUGACUGAGGAGUACAUCAGCCAGGAGUGGGUGCAGAUGUGUGGAGGAAUGCCGCUGUAUGUACAUAUUGAGGUUGAUGAAGCAGACUUCCAGAGGGGAUCAGAAUUCUUCCAUGAAGACAACUACCCAGAUAAUCAUGACCAGUCCCCUUUCCUGUGUACUGUGGACCAGACAUCUACAAUUACAGCUGAGAUUCAGCAGAUGGAGCUUCAGGAUCGUCCAUCUCCCAUUCAAGGACAGGCAGACUCUGACAGUGAACCUGAGAAUACAGCCAGUAUAUCAUCAGAGAGUGACAGAGAGGUGCAGGACAUCACAUCUUCUCCCAGACAUGGCAACGAUUCUCAAACAGAUGACCAACAGACUGAAGUGCCAUCAGAGAUCUCAGAACUGGCCUCACUGGAUAUCAGGGAACUGGAACAGCUGAUGGUACAACCCAGGAAGAGAACGUUCUCCAUGAGCUCUCUGUCAUCAGGGUACCAAACAGGCCUAGGCACUCCAGGAUCAGGACCCAGCAGACCUGACUCACCUACAGGUGAGCAUGGCAUUCACUUCAGGCUCCAGGCCCUAAAAGCAGAACUAAACACACCUGCAGUGAAGGAAGACAAGGUAAAACAGUUUGAUCUGUACUGUGAGAUAGGAGAUCUCUACAGAACUAAACUACACAACUUACAGGAGGCAGCUAAGCAGUAUUACCAGAACAUGUUAGAGUGUGCUCAGGAACUGCCAGAAGACACAAAACAAGCCAAGGCCUACAGCAGACUGGGUCUGACAUGUGACAUGUUAGGUCUGCAACAGGAAGCCCUUAAAAACCAUGAGAGAGCUCUGGCUAUAUACAGAGGAGAGGCAGGAAAUGAAACUGAUGUUUGUGUAGCUUAUAAAAACAUAGCCUCAUCAUUAGUAUUGUCAGGUCAAGUGUCAGAUGCAAAAACUAACUAUGAGUUAGCCUUGGCUAUUGCCAUGGAGACAGGAAACAAGACUGAACAGAUGGACAUUUACUGUAAGCUAGGUGAUCUGCACAGGGAACAGCUACAGGAACCAAAGGCCUCACACAAGUACUAUAAUGAAAUGUUAGUACUAGCUAGGGACUUAGGGAAAAGGGACAGAGAGGGACUUGCUUACAACAGACUUGGGUUGGCUUGUGAGGACAUGGAGGAUUAUGAGGCAGCUUUGAAGUGGUUUACGAAGGACCUGGAACUGAGCAGAGAUGCAGAAGAUAAAAAAGAACUAAGAAAGGCACAUACAAAUGUGGGUAAUAUGUGCAGGUUACUUGGUAAACUGGAACAGGCAACAUCCCACUUCAACACAGCCUUACAGAUGGCACAGGAGACAGGGGAUCAACAUGGGCAGAUGAAGGUUUACUUCGGUAUGGGUGAGAUGAACAGGGCACAAUGGCCAGAUACAGCCAUCCACUAUUAUGGAAAGUAUCUUGCACAAGCCAAGCAAUUAAAUGAUAGGUAUGAGGAGAGAGUAGCUUAUAACAGAUUGGGACAUGUCCAUUAUCAGAUGGGAGAGUAUGAGAAAGCUUUGGACUGGUAUCAAAAAAACUUGAAGAUGUGUCAAGAAAGUGGAGACAAGAAAGCAGCAACAACAGCAAAUAUAUGUUUAGGUGAGACAUACAGGCUCCUAGGUAAACUGGACUUAGCAACAUCACACUUCAACACAGCCUUACAGAUGGCACAACAGACAGAAGAUCAACAUGGGCAGAGGGAGGUUUAUAUGAAAAUGUGUGACAUGUACCGACAACAGCUGUCCACACCUUCAAUAAUGGAAGACAAGGCACUACAGCUUGACCUGAACUGUAAGAUAGGAGAUCUCUUCAGGACUAAACUAAACAACUUACAGUCAGCCCUCCAUUAUUACCAGAACAUGUUAAAGUGUUCUCAGGAACUGUCAGAAGAUACAAAACAAGCCAUGGCCUAUAAUAGACUGGGUCUUACUUAUAACAAGUUAGGGCUGACAACCAAAGCCUUCCUAAACCAUGAGAGAGCUCUGACUAUCUUUAAAAACUUGGCCUCAUCAUCAACAUUGUCUGGUCGGGUGUCAGAUGCUAAAACUAACUAUCAAUUAGCCUUGGAUGUUGCCAAGGAAACAGGAAACAAGACUGAAGAGAUGGACAUUUACUGCAAGCUGGGCAACUUAUUCAUUCGCAGGGAACAGCUAAAUGAACAACAUACAGCCAUACGGUAUUAUAAUCAGCAUCUCUCACUAGCCAGGCAACUGGGGGAAAAACAUGAGGAAAGAGCUGCUUACAACAGACUGGGACAUGCACAUUAUGACAUAAAGGAGUAUAAGGAAGCCCUAAAGUGGUAUCAGAGACACCUGAAAAUGAGCCAUGAGAAUGGAGACAAGAAAGAACAGAUAACAGCACACAGAAAUGUAGCUGAUUCCUACAAGGCACUGGGUAAACUGGAAAGAGCCAGAUUUCACUAUACAAUGACCAUUGCCAUGGAGACAGGAAACAAGACUGAACAGAUGGACAUUUUCCUUAAGCUUGGUGAUUUGCACAGGGAACAGCUACAUGAACCACAGGUCUCACACAAGUACUACACAGAGAUGUUGGCACUAGCCAGGGACUUGGGGAGGAAGGACAAGGAGAGUCAGGCUUACAACAGACUGGGAAUGGCUUUUUGGGACAUGCAGCUGCAGGAUUGUGAGGCAGCUCUGGAGAGGCAUCAGAUAGACUUGAAGAUGUGCCAAGAAGGUGGAGACAAGACUAAACAGAUAACGGCAAAUAACAACAUAGCUGAUUCUUAUAAGACACUGGGUAAACUGGACCUGGCCAGAUCUCACUAUCACUCAGAUUAUGAGGCAGCUCUGGAGUGGCAUCAGAUGGACCUUAAGAUGAGACAAGAAAGUGGAGACAAGAUAAUAGUACAUAAAAACAUAGCUGGUUCCUACAGGGUACUGGCUGAUUCCUACGAGGAACUGGGUAAACUGGACCUGGCCAGAUCUCACUAUCAAUCAGCGAUGACCACCGCCCUGGAGACAGGAAACAAGACUGAACAGAUGGACAUUUACUGUAAGCUGGGUGAUUUACACAGGGUACAGCUACAUGAGCCACAGGUCUCACACAAGUACUACACAGAGAUGUUGGCACUAGCCAGGGACUUGGGGAGGAAGGACAGGGAGAGGCAGGCUUACAACAGACUGGGAAUGGCUUUUUGGGACAUGCAGGAUUAUGAGGCAGCUCUGGAGUGGCAUCAGAUGAACCUUAAGAUGAGCCAAGAAAGUGGAGACAAGAUAAUAGCACAUCAAAACAUAGCUGAUUCCUACAAGGCACUGGGUAAACUGGACCUGGCCAGAUCUCACUAUCAAUCAGCAAUGGACAUUGCCGUGGAGACAGGAAACAAAACUGAACAGAUGGACAUUUACUGUAAGCUGGGUGAUUUACACAGGGAACAGCUACAUAAACCACAGGUCUCACACAAGUACUACACAGAGAUGUUGGCACUAGCCAGGGACUUGGGGAGGAAGGAAGAGGAGGGACAGUCUUACAACAGACUGGGACUGGCUUGUUGGGACAUGCAGGAUUAUGAGGCAGCUCUGGAGUGGCAUCAGAAGAACCUGAAGAUGAACCAAGAAAGUGGAGACAAGACUGAACAGAUAAAAGCACAUACAAACAUAGCUGAUUCCUACAAAGAACUGGGUAAACUGGACCUGGCCAUAUCUCACUAUCAAGCAGCAAUGACCAUUGCCAUGGAGACAGGAAACAAGACUGAACAGAUGGACAUUUACUUUAAGCUGGGUGAUUUACACAGGAAACAGCUACAUAAACCACAGGUCUCACACAAGUACUACACAGAGAUGUUGGCACUGGCCAGGGACUUGGGGAGGAAGGACAAGGAGAGGCAGGCUUACAACAGACUUGGACUGGCUUGUGAGGACAUGCAGGAUUAUGAGGCAGCUCUGGAGUGGCAUCAGAUGGACCUUAAGAUGAGACAAGAAAGUGGAGACAAGAUAAUAGUACAUAAAAACAUAGCUGGUUCCUACAGGGUACUGGGUAAACUGAACCUGGCCAGAUCUCACUAUCAAUCAGCAAUGGACAUUGCCAUGGAGACAGGAAACAAACAUCAACAGGACAACAUUGCUGAAAACCUGGCUAAAUUGUAG